GAGCGGAGGCGCUCCUGCUUAAUCCUGCCGCCUCCAGUCCGCGGGGAGCCGGCCGACAUGGCGACCGCCACGACGCUCCUCUCUGCAACGAACCGCGUCUGAACCGGGUUCUGUUUGCAGUUUAGCUCGGGUAGGGUUCGAACUCAACCCCUGCAGGCUUUUUUCCUGAGCAAGGAACGCGUUCUGGGCUUUAUAGGAGGUGGAGCGGACGCUGUGCUUUUGUAAGCAGGGCCAGUGGAGGGAGCGAGGAAGACUAUGGUGGAGCAGGAGCCAACGUCCUCGGCAGGGCAGAGGUUGGGUGCCCCGGAGUCACUGGGCAUCAGCACGCUGGAAUCGGGCCAAAAGCCACCAGCCAUGCCUGCCGGCCGCCACAUAGCCAUCAGGGUGCGCAUGCUGGAUGACUCCGAGGAGAUAUUCGACGUCUCUCAACGAGCUUCAGGCAAGGUUUUGUUUGAGAUGGUCUGUGCUCACCUCAAUCUGGUCGAAGGAGAUUACUUCGGUCUGGAGUUCCAAGACCAGCACAAGAUGAUGGUUUGGCUUGACCUUCUAAAACCCAUCAUAAAACAGAUCAAACGCCCCAAGCACACAGUCCUGCGGUUUGUCGUGAAGUUUUUUCCUCCUGACCACGCCCAGCUGAUGGAAGAGCUGACCAGGUAUCUCUUUGCGCUCCAGAUCAGGCAAGAUUUAGCCAGUGGCCGGCUCACCUGCACAGACAGCAGCGCUGCCCUGCUCGUCUCCCACAUCAUUCAAUCUGAGAUUGGAGAUUUCGAGGAGACUCAGUGCAGGCAACACCUCCUCAAUAAUAACUACAUUCCUGACCAGAUGGCCCUCAUGGACAAGAUCAUGGAGUUCCACCAUAAACAUGUUGGUCACACUCCAGCAGAGUCAGACUACCAGUUAUUGGAGGUGGCACGUAGGCUGGAGAUGUACGGCAUCAGACUACAUCCAGCUAAAGACAGAGAGGGGACCCGACUCAGCCUCGCUGUAGCGCACACAGGAGUGCUGGUCUUUCAGGGUCACACCAAGAUCAAUGCCUUUAACUGGUCUAAAGUACGUAAGCUCAGCUUCAAGAGGAAGAGGUUCCUUAUCAAACUCAGACCAGAUCUCAAUCAGAGUGCGUGUCAGGACACUUUGGAAUUUGUGAUGGCAAGUCGGGACUGUUGUAAAAUCUUCUGGAAGAUCUGUGUGGAGUACCAUGCUUUCUUCAGGCUCUUUGAAGAACCCAAGCCCAAACCUAAACCUGUCCUUUUCAGCAGAGGAUCGUCCUUCAGGUUCAGCGGCCGGACUCAGAAGCAGGUGAUAGAUUACGUAAAGGAGGCGGAGUUGAAAAAGCAUCCUUUCAACAGGAAACACAGUAAAGUUCAGUACAACAGCGGUCUGUCUCCCCUGCCUUCUCCCGCGCACUCACAAGUGACAAAUCAAGUCGAUGGGCGAAGCUGGAAGGAGUCGGCGUUGGUAAGCUCUGAGGAUUCGGCUGCGUUGAGGAUCCGUGGAAGCCCCCCUCCUUCAGUUCAGCAGAAUGACGGCGUGUUAUCUGAAGCGUGUAUCAGGCAGCAGAGUGACGAGCUCAGCACUGCAGUAGAAUUACCAGAUUUGUCCAUGUCUCUGGUGAACGGUCAUCGCCGUGCGCAUGAGCUGAACGGUGCGAGUCCAAGCCCGGAUGAUCAGCAGCCAUCACCGCUCACUUCCCCGCUCCUGAACGACGCCGGCACUCUGCGCACAGAUGAUGAAGAGGAAAAUCGGAGGAAGAGAUUUCCAACAGACAAGGCUUACUUCAUUGCCAAAGAGCUGCUCACCACGGAGAGAACCUACCUGAAGGAUCUGGAGCUCAUCACCUUGUCAUUUCAGAGUGUACUGGCGAAAGAGGAGGGCGCUCCAGAGUCUCUAAGGAACCUUUUGAAAUCCAGCUUUGAACCGCUGCACACCUACCACUCUGACUUCCUUAAAGAGCUGGAGCAGAGACUUGCACUGUGGGAAGGCCGUUCAAAUGCCCACAUUAAGGGGGAUUACCAGCGUAUUGGGGACAUCAUGCUGAAAAACACCCAGGGACUGAAGCUUUUGACGGCUCAGCUGCAGAAGCAUUCCGAGUGUGUGAGUGAACUGGAAACGGCGUGUCGCGCACCACGGCGACUGGAAACUGUGUGUCGAGACUUUGAGCUGCAGAAGGUGUGCUACGUGCCCUUAAAUGUGUUUAUUCUGAGGCCACUGCACAGACUGCUGCAUUAUAAACAAAUCCUGGAGAGACUCUGCAAACAUUACCCCGCCACACACUCCGACUUCAGAGACUGCAGAGCUGCACUGGCUGAUGUGUCUGAACUGGAGUCUGUGCUCCACUCCAGCAUGCUGAAGACUGACAACUACCAGAGACUGCUGGAGCUGCAGAAGGACUUGAUAGGGGUGGACAAUCUGGCAACCCCAACGCGCGAGUUUAUCAGAUUGGGAUGUUUAAGCAAACUUUCUGGGAAAGGCCUGCAACAGCGCAUGUUCUUUUUGUUCAGUGACGUGCUGCUGUACACGAGUCGGGGGAUUACAGCAUCCAAUCAGUUUAAAGUGCACGGCCAACUCCCUCUUCGUGGAAUGACAAUCAGGGAGAGUGAAGAGGAGUGGGGUGUUCCUCACUGUUUCACUCUGGUCACACAGCGUCAGUCAGUGGUGGUAGCAGCAAGUUCUGUAUCGGAGAUGGAGAAAUGGAUGGAGGAUUUAAAGAUGGCUGUGGAUCUCGCUGAAGACUCUAAUGGUCCAUCAGUAAGCCUGCUGACCAACAGCAAUGACGUCAAGUCUGCAGGGGAGUGGGCCUCGGAGGUCGAGUCAGAGGAUGACCUGGCUGGGUCGCGCACAUCAUUGGAGCGCCAUGGCAACAGCUCAGCACAUCACCGUGGCAACACCACGGUUCAUGUUUGCUGGCAUCGCAACACCAGCGUUUCUAUGCUGGACUUUAGCAUAGCGACGGAGAACCAGCUGUCUGGGAACCUGCUAAGGAAAUUUAAAAACAGUAACGGCUGGCAGAAGCUCUGGGUGGUUUUCACCAACUUCAGCUUGUUCUUCUACAAAACACACCAGGAUGAGUAUCCAUUGGCCAGUCUGCCUCUGUUGGGUUACUCGGUAACUGUUCCAGCCGAGUCAGAGAACAUCCAUAAGGACUAUGUGUUCAAACUGCACUUCAAAUCCCACAUCUACUAUUUCAGAUCCGAGAGCGAGUACUCCUUUGAGAGGUGGAUGGAGGUGAUUCGAAGUGCCACCAUCUCCUCCAGCAGAAUUCGUUAUCUCAACCGCAAAGAGCCCUAUUGAGCCCAGCAGCUUUAGGGAGCAACUGUGUGUGUGUGUGUGCGCGCUUGUGUGAGUAUGUGUGUCUGUGUACAAGUGUAGUCUGAUCUUGAUGAUCAGUUUGUGUUAUCUCUUUAAAACAAAAAAAAUCACCUUUUGUGACAUUAACGUUUUCUAUCAUGAUUUUACACACCAUAAGACAUUUUUUUGAGUGCGUCUGACCGUCUCCAUGGAGAGUCCUGGUGCUUUUUUAAAUGGUGACACGUCUGCUGCACAUCGUAUUUUUCUGCAUAUCAGCUUUUUUCUGCGUUUUCCUGCAUUUUUACUGGGCUGUUUAGCCUCUUUUAUAGAAUCUCAUUUUAUAUACUAUAAUUAAUUAUCUAUCUGUGUGCACUCUGUUUGCCAUAAAUGUCACUUGUUACUUCAUAGAAGGCCCAUCAAUACUGGUGCCCUGAAUUUCUUUUCUUUUCUUUUUUUUUUAAUGUAAGCAAGCUCAUGUCCGUUUUAUUUUAGUAAAAACGGUUUGGUCAUUUCUAUUAACAGACUUCUUGGAAUCCAUUAGUCUGUGUGCCAUUUUGGAUGCGUUUCAUCUAAAUACAUUUUAAAUUUAUUAAAAAGGAGCCUUCAUACAUCUAGGUUUUAGAAAGGUUUUAAAAAAAAAAAAGUAAGCUUUUAACGUUAUUCAACUCAGUUUGUUUGGAUGUUAAAUUACUAAAUUGAAUAGGAAUUUUUAAACAGGUUUCACAAUAAGAUAUAAGGUGCAUAAUAACAUACAUGUCUUUUUAUUCCAUUAAGAUGAGUGUUGAUAAUGACAUUUCUUAAUUCAGGGUUGUUAAAUAUUGCUGCCAUUUUAGGAAAUAAAAUCAUAUUAUUAAAGCGACAGUAUAGUUAGAGUAGCCACGCUUCAUUCUCAACAGACACUACAUAUAUGAAGAAUGCCAUCGAGGAAGUAAAGCUUUAAAGUGUAGAGUUAUACAUGAUUUUGUAGUUUCAUACAUAUUAUUUACUCUGAGAUGACAAGGCUGCCUCAUGCGAAGGUUUGAAGUCGUGGUUUAUCUGUGAAGAACAGGGAGCAGGAGAUGACUUUGGCAAGGCGUGUCUUAAGUGUCUAUUACUUUUACUUUGGACAGAGGAUGAAAUGUUUCAUAUUACAGAUAAUUAAAGAGAGAAACAGAGUGUUGUAUGGAUAUGUAAGCAAUAAAAACAUUUGAACAUCUAAGAA